CUCUAUCAGUACUGCCAAAAACGCUAAUGUGAUGUACUUUCUUCUUGUUCUCGGCAUAUUUAUUUAUAAAGUAGAUCCAAGUCAUGGUAACGUUACAAAUAUUAGCAUGCGAGGCGAUAAUCUUAGUGUAAAUGACAUUACUGACACGCUACUGGCUGUAUUGGGUAUUCACGAAGAUGGAAACUUAACAAAUUCAGGAAGAAUCAAAGAGUUAAAAGAUAAACUGCAAGCAAUAGACAGCUAUGUGGUUGACAAAGAAAAGUACAGGGAAUUGCUUAUGAACGAAACGAGACAUUCGACAUUAAACCAGACAAAUUUUUACUCAGCGUUGAAUGAGCAAGAUUAUUUUCAAACUUUGACGAAUGAGACCAUGAGUUUGUAUUUAAAACUGAAGGUUAAAAUGAACAGAGAUGAUAUAGUAAAGUUAUUAUCAGAAAAAACCGAUAACACAAACAUGAACAAAUCGGCUCGAAGGUCGUUAAUGGACAAUGUCGAGGCGGGGAGAAGGAGACUGACGAAAUUCGAAGAAAUGGUUGACAAGUAUAUUGGGGAAGUCGCCGUCGAUGAGCACACCUUUGACGAAAACGACCGAUAUGUCAAAACUUGGGAUCCUCAAGCAGAACUGGAAGAGCGCAAAACCUUCCAUCAGCACGACGGACGACGGAUCUUUCGCGGCGAGCGCACUACAGUCCGAUAUUAUCCGUUUAUGGUGUCCGUACACGUCAUGGGACGCUUCUGGUGUGGUGGAUCCAUUUUCUGGAGUGAUAUCGUUCUUACAUCUGCUUCGUGCUUGCAACUGAUGCACAACAACCGUUUCUUUCGCGAGAACCCGAAGACACUGUUCGUGAGGGUUGGGAGCAACCACAGCAGAGUCGGCGGAGAAACAAUUGAAGCUCUUGAGGUAUACUUCCAUCCGGCGUACAACUCGAAACGCUUGCGCAACAAUAUCGCGAUCAUCCGCCUGCGCCGUCAUGUGAAAUUCUCUUACCAUCACGUCCCCAAGCGAAUCGACAUAUCGCACAACGAUAUGGGUAUCUCAUUCACAGCUGAGGUCUUGCUUUUGGGGUGGGGCGUCUCCAAGGCUACUCAAAAGCUGACUUAUGAGCCGAUUUUCCUUCAGAGAAAGUUGCUGCCCAUUUAUCCGAGCAAGUUUUGCAAAGAAAUUUACGGGGAACAAUUUAUAACAGAAUCAAUGUUUUGUGCCGGAACUGUGACUACAGGGGAAGGUGCUUGCGAUCACGACGCGGGGGGGCCGGCGAUCAUGAACGGCCUACUGGUGGGCAUAAUUUCAUUCGGGCCAACAGUGUGCGGGUUCCCCGACGCGCCCACUGUUUUCACCCUCGUCGGGGCCUACGCCGAUUGGAUCGAGACCGUUAACGAAACGAUGCCCCCAUACUACUCCGCGUACAAACGCACGACGACAACAGCACUGCCUCCUUACGUCGAAUAUUUCCGCACGCUACCGAAGAGAAAGAUCACACUCGCCACGGACAGUCAUACUACCUCCAUCAUAGAUCUCUUGACCAAAACCACCGAGUCGACUACUACGGCAGAGCUCCGAUUGAGACAUGGGGAUGCAGGCACCCAGCCGGACGGCGAAGAGGGAAUGUUUAUUGAUUUUAAUACAUAAACGCC